CCGCUGUGACCGGAUAUGACUCGCAGGGCUCGGGGCGCUGCAGCUUCCAAACUGUGGGCGUUUUUUUUUUCCUCAAUCUUGACUCCAGAGUUUUUUUUUUUCCUGGGUGUUGCCUUCCUGGAUUACAACUUUAGACUUCCAAUUGGUGAAGUAAGAGGCACAAGUCGGAUCAUUUCUUUAAAGGACGACAUUUCUAACUUUGUUUUGGACUCGCACACUUUGUUUGGACUUUUUCAAACAAACGGGACCGGCGCAUUUUUUAUUAUUUAUUUAGCCGCCGUUAGCUCGCUAAGCUAACCGAGCUCGACCCGCUGUAACGCUGACUGUGGGCUGCUAGCGAGAGAGAGAGCCGCCCGAUGCAGGCCAUUAAGUGUGUGGUGGUGGGGGACGGGGCUGUGGGUAAAACAUGCCUGCUCAUCAGCUACACUACCAAUGCCUUCCCUGGAGAGUACAUCCCCACAGUAUUUGACAACUACUCUGCCAAUGUGAUGGUUGACGGGAAACCAGUGAACCUGGGCCUGUGGGAUACAGCAGGACAGGAGGACUAUGACAGGCUCAGGCCUCUGUCCUACCCACAGACAGAUGUGUUCCUGAUUUGCUUUUCACUAGUCAGUCCAGCCUCCUUUGAAAACGUCCGUGCCAAGUGGUACCCUGAGGUGAGACAUCAUUGCCCCAACACACCCAUCAUCCUGGUGGGCACCAAGCUGGACCUGAGAGACGACAAGGACACUAUCGAAAAACUCAAGGAGAAGAAGCUCUCCCCCAUUAUUUACCCUCAGGGCUUGGCCAUGGCUAAGGAAAUAAGCUCAGUGAAGUACCUGGAGUGCUCAGCUUUGACGCAGCGCGGCCUUAAGACAGUGUUCGACGAAGCCAUCAGGGCGGUCCUGUGCCCCCCACCCAUCAAGAAGAGGAAGAGGAAGUGCAGAAUACUGUAAAAGAAUGAAUCCCAGGGAGUAGAAAGUAUGAUUGCAGUCAGAACUCACUUAUUCAGAGGGAAGAUGAUGAUGACUGGGUUCCCCAAAUAUCUAUUCACACCCUGUGUCCUUGCUUACAUAGAAGCUCUGGUAGAUCAGACUUCCAUCUGGAAGAACUUGACAGAUUUAAGCAGCGUUGAAGGUUUCCUGUCAGAUUUGACGUCUGGUUGCUUACAUCUGUUUAGUCCUUUCAGAUCGACGGGAAUGAAGUGACUUUGCUAAGGCUUUGGGGGAUGGGAGGGUGGGAGGUUGGGUUGAUUUUAGGAUCUGGGGUUGAUUAAGGAGAAAGAGGGAGGAUUAUACAAACAAACAUUCAUGUUAUUUUUCUCUGACAUUGUGAAGAAACACUACUUGAACGUGAUUUUUUUUUUUCUUUUUUUAAAUCAUGAAAGUACCGUAGAUUUAACUCCAUAAGAGAAGGAGGUCCUGCACUGCACUCUUUCCCCAACACACUAAGAGAUUCCUGCUGCCUUGAAGAAAUUUUACUUUAAUUAAAAAAAAAGUUCUUUUAAGGAGCUAAUUUCUCCUUUUUGUCAUCGUCAGUCUUUUGUCGGCUGUGGUUGACGGACCGUUUUGUUUACAUGUGUCAUCUGACUAGGCUGAAGUGUUGCCAAAACUCAGUCAACGGUCAUCGCUUUGUAGUCGACACUAAAAUGUUGUUUCACUCUCUUUAUAAUUUUGUUUUAAUCUGUACGAGAUCAUGCAGUCAUGUUUUAAAAAAAAAAAAUGGUUUAACCCUUAAAAGACUUAAGCGUAGCAGCUGCUAAGAUAAGAAAUAAUUACUGUCUACAAUUAAUGAGCAUUAAAAACAGUCUCUGCUAAGUAUUUAACAGGUAAUUAUCUUAUUUUGGUCCUUAAAGCUUUCUAGAUGAAUCCAUUGCUCUCUUCUCACUAUGUGUUAAGUGAACACAGUAUUUUAUGACUGACCGUCGGGCAUGUGAAGGUGCAGUGCAGCCAAUGUUGUUGUGCUGGUUCAUUCUUGAUCUUUCUGUAAAGGUUUUAUCAUUUUCAAGUCAGUGCUCAGAAAGUGCUUUUGAUAUUCAGGCUUUUUUCUCAGUAUGUCCAUAUUGCUAUCACGAUGGUGUUUAACCGCAUCGACCCCCAUCUAUUACUAUGAAGUCUAUGAGCCAGUGUAUUAGCACUCGAAGGUUGAUUUUAAUAUCUUUUAUUGUACAACGUGACCAUGAGAAGUAACUAUUCAGCGCAACGCAUUUUAUUUUGAAAGGAGCAAUGAUCAAGUUGCAUGGACUCUGGACUCAUUUAAUCAGUGUUUUAAUGGCGCAGUGGAAGUGCACUCUUAGAUUUACUUUCUUGCUACAUGUGGUUUCAUUUUCACAUAGUAAUAUGCAGAUUUUUUUUCCUUUUUUUUUAUUUUUAAAAAAAGCAAAUAAACUCAUUGAAAAUGCUCA